UUCAUGUGGGUCUACAUGCAUAUAGUAUACGAACCAUUUGUCUUUUAUUUCUAAGCAGACCCAUUUGGUCAUUUCUUAACAUUAAGUAUGCCAACUCUAUCUGUCGGCCUUUGGUGAUAUAUAUGUUAUCUCAAUACAGACAUGUAUUCUUCUACUAUAACAGGAUUGAGAAAUGGUGAAGACGAUAGCUGGAGAGAGACCAAAGCAGAGACAGAGGAAAGGGUUCUGGUCACCAGACGAAGACGAGAAGCUAAGGAGUUUCAUCCUCUCUCAUGGUCAUUCUUGCUGGACCACUGUUCCCAUCAAAGCUGGGUUACAAAGGAAUGGAAAGAGCUGCAGAUUAAGAUGGAUUAAUUAUCUAAGACCAGGGUUAAAGAGGGAUGUGAUUAAUGCAGAAGAAGAAGAGAUCAUAUUGACUUUUCAUUCUUCCUUGGGAAACAAGUGGUCUCGGAUUGCAAAGUUCUUACCGGGGAGGACAGACAAUGAGAUAAAGAACUAUUGGCACUCUCAUCUGAAAAAGAAAUGGCUCAAGUCUCAGAAGUUGCAACAUGCAAGAUCUAUAUCCACUUCUUCCGAAUCACUCGUUGCUUGCGGGAGAAGAAACCCGCAAACCUUGAUCUCGAAUCACGUUAUCUCCUUCCAGCCACUUCAAGAGAAGACAUCUUCAUCUCCAUCACAAGAAAGCAAUGACAAUAACAACAACAACAAGAACAGCUAUUCAUGCUCUUCUGGUCCUGAGAUUCCAAGGCUGUUCUUCUCCGAGUGGUUUACUUCCUCGGAUCCCUACUUUGAUCAUUCCUCUAAUUUGACAGACUCUAACCACAUCCAAACUCCAAAUAUUCAAGGAACUGUCUCAGACUACGAAGAAUCAGGAGAUGUUAAUCAGUUCUAUUACAACGAGAUGGUGAUGAUGAGCAACAGCAACUGGACUCUUAACGACGUCGUUUUUGGCUCGAAGUGACAUAAGCAGGAGCAUAAGAUUGAUAGAGACGACUCAGUCGUCAACAACCAUGUAAAUCAAUUACACCAAAAAAAACCCAUGUAAAUCAAUUCUCAAACAAUGUAAAUCAAAUUAUAAAUAAAAAAUAUUAGGAAAAUUAUAAUUUACCACAAAUUUGAUAUUAUUUUCUAAAUUUAUACUAUUAUUUGAGAAGUGAAUUUGCUUAUUUGUCACGUUAUCCAUGAUUUUAGGAUUGAGUCAUUAGUUUUAUUAAAUAAUUUUAAUUAAACUAUAAUUAAAAUAUAAUCACUAUUUAUCUCAUUACAAAUCAACAUUAUAAAAUUAUCUCAAAACAAUAAAUGA